AUGCCGUUAAAUAAUUCCAACGCUGCUACCAUUAGCAACGGGAGCGACAUCGAAUAUGUCGAGAGGGAAAUUGCACCGAUGUACGUCAGCCUCUCCCGCACCGCCCCGCUGCCACCUGGGGACUACGUGCGCGUCAUUGCACUGUGUGGCUCAGGCUACUUUUCUAGGGAUGAGUCACCCUUGCUGAAGACUAUUUCCGCCGAGGGUAGUUGGAACAGUGGUGGCCGUAGGCAAAAUUCAACGGAACCGCUUGAAACCGAACCAGAGCGGUUUGACUUUGCGCUGCAUGUGCGCGGGGCGCGGCAUUGUCGCCUGCUGGACACCAUUUUGGAUGGAUAUGAUCUUCAGAUGAGCGCCGUUGGCCACGAUGCGGCCACCGACGUCAAAGAGAAUAAGGUGAAUGGAAGGGAAAAGGCUGCUCUAGCUGAUUUGCCAUCUGUGGUGCUUCCACAGGCAACAUCCAAGGGGUGCAAAAUGCUUUUUCGGUAUUUGGAUAUGAUUACGACGCGUGUGCCGACGACAAUCUCUAAGCCGCUGCGUGCACCACUAGAUGAGUUAAUUCAACCGUGGGAAAUGAACUUUUUAUUGCAUGACUGCAUGGACGACACGACCAGCCGCGCCAUUGCGCAGCAAUUUGGUGACGCUAAAGGAGUUGGAGCCAAAGGCAACAAAGCUGCCGGGGACACUGUAAUGGCCUACCACUCCGCAAUUGUAAAUAACGCACCUGGUUCUUUAAAUUUGCUGCUGGAGCUUGCAAUGAUUAGUGACUUUCUCAUUGUUGAACCCCUGCGUCAAUUAACGUGUGCUUUUCUUGCCUCUCUUGCACUUGGCGCCUCAUCGGAAGCGGAAUUGUUGCGGCUUUGUGGAGUGUCUCGCCCCAUGAAGGAAGAAGAGCUCGAGCCGUUAUAUGCGCAGUUUCCUUUUCUUCAUAUUGACCCCACCGACGGGUUGUAG